AUGUCGACGAACCUGAGAUACUUUGGCUCCAGUUACGCCUCCGAUUCUUCCACGCAGAGACUAAAACAGCAGUUCGAACAGAAGCGUCACCUAGACUGUAACGAAAUUGAGAAGAUUGUUCGCCAAGAGAUGGCAAUCAGGUUCCCCUGUUUGUCAUUCCAGACCAAACGGACAGCCAAUAUAGACUACGCGAUACUCAAAUGGUACCUUGAGGAGGCGAAAAAGGCUUUUUGGCCAAAAACGAGCGAUUCUGAACAAUGGAGACAGAGAGUCCGCAUAGCAACGAUUAGAGAUAUUCUUGCCAAUGCAGGUAUAUGGCCCUCUUCGAACUCGACGAAGGGUGGUGAUGCGGUUCUGAACAAAGAUGUGAAGCCCGAUGGUGCUGGUGUCUCUGCUGACAAGGUUGAGAACAAGGAAAGUGACGACCGGACUACAGCUGCUAGCAUCGGAAGCACCCAAUCGAUAGAUGACAGGAAUAUUCCUGUCCAGAAGCCUAUGGCACUCCUUGAAAUCGUCAAAGAGCAAAGGAAUGACCGCGGCAUACCGUCCACGCUAUGGUUAUCCAUGACCGAACUGGACUCUGCCAUGAAAACCAGAAAGGAGCAAGAAAAGAGAUACGAGGUCGCGACUUCAACUCGGGCUCAGAAAGAUUAUUUCGAGAUUUCACCUAGGCAGUUUACAGAUGCAUCUUACGCGACCAGUUGCUGGCAGAAGGAGCUUGACAUGCAAAGAAACCAGGCGAGCGGCGCCUUGGAGAAAGCUACAUCGCAGUUGGACGAGCAGCGCAAGAUUACGAUCUCCAAUUAUCGAAGAUAUGGCGGCGUGCAUCCUGAGGCGUUGAUUUCAAAGAGUCGGGACUCGAGACCACCAAAUCCAUCCUCCACGACUCAAUUCGGAACAACUAUCGACACCAAGUUGGAACGUUCGACACGUUUCCCUGAUCUUCCUAAACGACCAGCGAGCCAGCUCAGCCUGCAAGAGGAAGCCGUGGCACGAAAACCAGAACGCCAACGACCCGUCUCCACCGAGACGCAUCCUCUUGGAGAAGGACAUCUUAAAGUUCCUGAUGUCAAUGUGAAAGGCCGUGGGUCUGGCUUCUCGGUCGGCAACAAAAACAUUCUCGACAUUGCUCAGUCGAGCCAAGGCCUCCCGAAUAGAGUGGCAUCGCUUGAGAGGUGCACUGAGGCUCAGACACCCACAAAAGAAUAUCUCAAAACCAUCGCCAAGCAAGCUUUCAGCCAUCAGCGGCUGCCCAUUCGACGGCGUCCUGUACCGCAGUCCAAUCACCAUCCUGCAGCAGAGCCAUCACAGAAUCAGCGUAAUCCGGCCCCGUCAGAGUUUGACUCGAAUUCCGCAUACGAAAACCUGAGUACACGGCUACGCAACUGGCACUUUUCGACGGCGGCAGGCCUGAAAUGUGUUCAAGAGGAUUUGGACAACGCGGCGGGUCACCAGAGCAAUUUGGACACGAAAGGGUGCGCGGGACCUUUUGAGCUAGAUGCUGUUGAUACUGCUGUUAACCCUGAGAAAAGCGACGAGGUAGUACCAGCGGAUAGGGAUGAGCUUGAUUUUCGAGGACAGGAAGAGAAGCUCUCUGUCCCUAUCGAGGUUAUUAUGCGCACCAGUCCUGAAAAGGAUGGUAAGCAGCUUGUGGUAGAUAGAGAUGACGAUGAAGCCUUUUGCUUCGAGGAUGUUUCCAAAGAAAUCGCAGAUGAUGAGGCGCGAGGUGAGCAGGUAGAAGACAUUUGGCAGGAGGCCACGUUGGAGGGUUGGGAGGGUGAGUAUGUCUGGCUUUGA